AUGACUCCUCCAGCGGCUCUGCUAGACCAGCAUCUUGAACAUAGGCCGCUUAAAAAACAGAGACUUGACCCCGGCGUUGACGAAGCAGCCAAUCCUGACGAGUCUGCUACCAUUUGGAGUCAUCCGCUCGGAAUCCGUCCUUCUGGAAAUGCUUUUACUGCUACGACCAAUCUAAAAGCAGCAAUUGGGACUUUUGCUCUGCUGCCUGACGAACUGCUGACUCAAUUCCUGGAAUACCUUGACGCUCAGGACUUGCUUCGAUUGGGUGCUACUUGCCGUGCACUGCAUGCAUUCACUAGGUCUGAGGAGCUAUGGAAACUUCUCUUCAUAGAAUCACACCCGGACAAUUUCAACUGGCGUGGUACCUGGAGAUCGACAGUCCUUUCACAACCACGCUCUCAAGAACCCGACGUGGAUUGCAGUAAUCUGUUUUCUGAUGCUCUUCAUCGGCCAUAUUUCUGUGCUCACGUGCCUCUGGACCCCUUUGUAAACAACAUUCCCACUCGUAAUCAGAUCCAUCGUCUCACGUCCUUGACCUUUGCUGAGUUUACUGAAUCGUACACCAACAAGCCCUUCAUCAUCACUGAGCCUACUAGACGUUGGCCGGUGUUUGGGUCGUGGUCUGCUAAAUCUCUGCUCAAACAGUAUUCCAAGGUCAAGUUCAGAGCAGAAGCCGUCGAUUGGCCCUUCGACGUCUAUGUUGACUACAUGAAGGACAAUCAUGACGAGAGUCCUCUGUAUCUCUUUGACCGUUCUUUUGCAGAGAAGAUGAAUAUCCAAGUAGCCGACAGCUCUAAUGCUCACUUGUACGAUGGCACCUCUCCCGAUGUGCCAGACGCCGAAAAUGAGCGUAAAGUGGCAUACUGGGCACCUUCGUUCUUUGGUCCUGACCUGUUCAGCGUUCUUGGAGAUCAACGACCCGACCACCGCUGGUUGAUCAUUGGCCCAUCUCGCAGUGGUUCGACUUUCCACAAAGACCCGAAUGCGACCUGCGCAUGGAACGCGGUCUUGACGGGACGCAAGUACUGGAUCAUGUUUCCUUCUUCCGCUUCUCUACCCCCACCACCCGGAGUCUUUGUAUCAGCAGACCAAAGCGAGGUAACAUCCCCUCUGAGUAUUGCAGAAUGGUUCCUUGGCUUCCACGCGGAGGCACGUCGCACAGAAGGAUGUAUUGAAGGCAUCUGCGAGGCCGGUGAACUGCUAUAUGUGCCAGCUGGCUGGUAUCAUUUGGUCGUCAACCUCGAAGAUUCGAUUGCGUUGACUCAAAAUUUCGUUCCCCGUCAAAGACUUGCUUCAGUACUGCAUUUCCUCCGAGACAAGUCUGAUCAAGUCAGCGGGUUCGCCAAAGAUGUGCAAAAUCCUUACGAGCUCUUUGUUGCAAAGCUCAGAGAACAGGAGCCAGAAGCCCUGGAGGAGGCACUGCCCAAACUAGAAAAGAUGAGCAAAGGGCCAAAAGGCAAGUGGGCAGAGCUGACGAAGUCGACGAUCGAGGACGCCAACGUCGAAGGUGGGUUCUCUUUCGGCUUUGGUGGAGACGAUGAUGAAGAAGUGCCGUAG